AUGGCCUCCCACGCUCCCUCUCACUUAUCAGCUGAGUCCGAAUCUCCCACACUCAGAAGCCUGCUUUCCUUGUUCGGCGCUGGACCGGCGCACCAAAAGUCCGAGUUUGUGACCGUGGAAAAGGACGAUGAGGCUGUCCUAGGACGGCUCCCUCUUUUUCCCGCCGCCGAUUUCUUCGAAAACGUAUCAGCAGUCGGCAAAGUAAUUUGGGCCUUCACCAAAGAUGACCUCUUCACUGCCACGCUACCCAACGCCAUCUUCGGCAUCACAGCUGCCAUCGCUGAUGCAUACCUCCGCGGCGAGGCUUUCGAAGGCGCGGGCCCUACCUUUCCCGAGAUAAUUACCAGACUCCCACUCACCUACUUCUUCAACUUCUUCGCCCUACUCAUCUUUAAUCUCGGCAACCAGCGGCCCCAGGAGGGGCCUUUCUCGCCCUCCUCCAGCAAGACCGUCACAACGCCCGAGCAGAUCCGCCGCAUCUACCUCACCCUGCUCCCCAUCACCCUCGCUCUCAACCACUUUCUCGGCGUCUGGCACGAAGGGCUGAUGAUCCACCUCCUCGCCUUCAUCUACAACGACCUCAGCGGCGGUAACGAGCUCUUUGUCCGCGACAUCAUUCUCGGCAUCUCGUUCGGGUACAUCAACUCUGCCUCUCUCAAGAUUGUCCUCAUGGCCGGCAGCAGCAGCAGCAGCAGCCCGCACCGCCACACCUGGACUUGGCUCAACCUCGUCAGCGUCCUAAUUGCCACCACCAUCGGUUGCCAGGAAUUCAAGAACCACAAGGACCACCACACCCCGGGGAACCAAGGGGGCAGCAGCGGUGACAAGACCAUGAAGCGCAAAAAGACGCUAGCCAUCUUCCUCGGCGAAGCGGCGGUCCCGCGGGCACAUCUGGCCAUGAUGAUGCCGCUCUGGACGCUCGUUUGCGCGUGGUUCUGGCAGCUGAAGAUCACAGUCGCUGCCUGUUUUGUGCUCUACUCGCUGUUUCUGGCAAGUCGGGUACUCACGCAGAGGAGUGCGGGUGCUGAGGAGCGAACGUGGAGGCUUUGGGCGAGGUGGACGAUUGUGAUUUAUUUGAUCCCGCUUGUGGCUGCUUUGUCGACGGCUUGA